CGGAAGACUUUUUUCUUUCUUUUUUGAAUUCCCGCCUUCUGAAAGCGUAAGCCUCGUCAACACUAGCCACACCUCGUGAUAGCGCGUCUCCGACGAGACACUUGUGAACUUCGUGCCCGAGAAGAAGAAAAAAAGAAAUCGUAGACCAUUCUUUUCUUUCUACUGCUCGUAAUUUGGACCGCCAGAAUGGGUGACACAUCUGCCCCGACACCAUCGACCAUGUCGGUGGUUUCAAACAAGUCAAGAGACACACAUCGCGAGGCAAAAGCAAUGCCUUACAGACUACGACAGGCGGUGGCAGUAUACCUGGAAAACAAACAAUUUCUGGAAGGCUUCACGCUUCUGAAUUCAAUACUCGCGACAGGCCGCUCAGCGCCAUCGGCUCCGCCGGUGUACGUGCCGCCAACUUCGUACUUUGAGCUCGCCGCGACCCUCGUCGUGCAUCCAUUGUAUACGACGCGUGCCAGGUCCGACGAGGACCUGCGGGUCGCAGACGAAGCGCUGCGCUAUCUGCGCGACACGUGCACCGUGGUCGGGCCGGUGCAGGCGCAGCUGGCGACGGCCUUUCAGUUCCGGGGCGCGCGCGCGAUGCGGCGGAAGCGCAAGCGCGAGGCUUUCGACGAGGCGUGUGCGAGCAACGUCAGCACGAGCGGCGACGACGAGGACGAGGACGAGGACGAGGGCCAGCUGCGGACGCCGUUUGCGGGGGAGAAGAGCGUGUUCCGACAGCGCGGCGCCGACAGCUUCUGGAACGUGGUCGGCUGGGCGUUCAACUGCUCGGUGCGAUGGAGGAAGCGAUGGGAGAGGUGGAGGCUGUGGCUCGAGGUCAUGAUUGACAUUCUGGAGCACGACUUCGUCCUCCGGCUGCAGGCGAUCGAUGUUGAGGACGCGACGGCCCAAGUCUGGACUAAACUUGCACACGAGGCCCUCAUUGCGCAGUAUCUGGACGGCGCUGGCGGGCGGGCCGGUAGGCGAAAAGUGAUCAGCGCUAUCCUGGCUGACGGCGAGGAGAAGGCGCUGAGAGAGUUUGGAGAGGUGUGGAAAAACGAGACGAAGGAGAGGAAGGUCAAGGACGAGGCCAGUCUGUGGGACCGGAACAAGAAGAUCAACCUCGACGAGAACGAGUGGGCGGAUUACGCGGCGACGGAGGAUGAGGACGACGUGGUAGAGGAUGGGGAUGACGACACGUUUGACGCCGGCGAAAAUGCGGAACCCGAUCUUGGAGGUCUCGAGAGCAUGAGGCUGAGACAGAGACUUAUGAUACUGGCAAGUUUCGCACUACCAUAA